AUGUCGCAAACAGUUGUCUCCAAAGGAAUCUUUCAUGGUCUUCCGACCUAUCCGCAGUACGAAGGAAAGAAAUUGCGCAUAAUUGUGACAGGGGCAAAUGGCAUCUCUGGAUCGGCAAUGACCAAGGUGCUGAGUGAGGCUCCCGAGAGAUGGGAGAAGAUUUACGCCCUGUCACGUCGCCCUCCGUCGGGCAAGACUGCACCUGGUGUCGAGCAUAUUGCGGUAGAUUUUCUCGGAAGCACUCCAGAACAGAUUGCACAGACUCUGAAGGACAAGCAUGUUGAAGCGGAUUAUGUAUACUUCGCGUCAUACAUUCAACCGCCUCCCCUCCAAGGCAAGAGCCUGUGGAGCGAUGUUGAAGAAACAACCAGGCAGAACAUGGCCUUGUUGUCCAACUUCCUCGGCGCCCUACCAUUGGCAAACAUAUUUCCCAAGCGUAUCUUGCUUCAGACGGGUGCGAAGUAUUAUGGCUUGCACCUUGGACCAACGGCGACCCCGAUGGAAGAGGACGAUGCUCGGCAUGGAAUCGAGGAAAACUUUUACUUCCCACAAGAAGAUCUCUUGGAGGAUUUCUGCAAGAAAAACAACUCCAGCUGGGUGGUUACCCGGCCAUGCUGGAUUCUUGGCGCCGUCGAAAGCGCAGCCAUGAAUGUAUUGUGGCCCUUGUCAAUUUACGCCAGUGUCCAGGCCCAUCUGGGACUUCCUCUAGAGUUUCCAGGGGAUGUGACGGCAUGGGAAGCCGUCAAGCAUCAGUCGAUGUCCACCUUGCUUGGGUACCAUGCUGAAUGGGCACUUUUGACGCCCGAGGCCGGUAAUCAGGCGCUCAACCAGGCCGAUGAUAGUGCCUUUGCUUGGGGAAAGUUCUGGCCAACGCUCGCCGACUGGUACCAGACGUCUGCAGGUCGACCAGCAACCAGUGCAGACGCCUACGCAACCAUCACCAUGCCCUAUCCGGAUUCACCUCGUGGUUUUGGCGGACCAGGGAUUGUGAAAGCGUCAUUUAGCUUCCUUGAGUGGAGCAAGAAGCCCGAGGUACUGAAGGCGUGGGAUGAACUGAAGGUGAAACAUGGGCUCAAGUAUAGCCCGUUCGACGACAAGUCCAUGGACACUUUUGGACUCCUUGACGGGGAGAUUCUCAGCGGAUGGGGUCGAGUCAUCAGCAUGGACCGGAAUCGCAAAUUAGGGUGGCACGGCUUCGUGAGCACCGAGGAAGCCAUCAAGCAGGUAUUCACCGAGAUGGCCGACCUCAAAAUGGUUCCCCCAAUUUACACUUGA